AUGUUCCAAUUGCGAGAAAUAAACCAGGUGAGGCGCCAGUAUCCUUCUGGUCACCAUCUUUUCGUAUCCACAUUCAUGCUCACAUCAAAGGUUAUCUGUGGCGACACUUACUCCAACAAAUCCUGGAGUAUUGUGGCGCAGGGCAUGUUCCAAUUGCGAGAAAUAAACCAGGUGAGGCGCCAG